AAAUGCAUUAUUCAUUCACAUCUCAAAUGAAUAGGUAAAGCUCUCACUGGAACCAAGGUUCAAAAGAAGUAUAACCUACAAUUUCACGGAUGAUGCUCAAUUUGAGGAUGAAUUCAUGGACCAUGCACGGAGACAUGAAUUUGCAGAUAUCACCUGGUAUGCAUCAAGACAUACAGCGGUGUACAGGUAUGAUGAUCGAGUUCCAUUAAACAGUAACGGAGAUGGAGUAUAUGACUUCCUUGGGUUCCAACCUAACCCAGUUCCGGUGUCCAUGACAGUUCGUGCUGCAGAGAAAGCAUUUGAGGCUGCAAAGAACGUCAAUGGGAAAUGCACAAUGGCAGCUUCAUUUGUGGGAUACAAGAAAUUAAUUGCCAACGGCCUGAAAAAUAAUAAACAAUUCUUCACAGGGUACCCAGUUGUUGGUUAUCAGGGUAAAAUGCAAACCUCUGGUUCCUGUCUAUACUCACCUGCGACGGACACCCUGAGCUCAUGUGCUUGGGAUCCAAGAAUCAAAGGGCUCUUCUUCUAUGAGACGACAGCAAUCUUCCCUGCUUCAAAGUUUGCAGAUUUCAUUCGUGACGUAAAGAAACUAAGAGACCUGAAACCAGAAAAUUUCUGUGGGGUGGAUAUCUACAAUGGAUUUCUGAUACGCUUCAUUAAGGCUUCUGGGGCAUAUCUAGGUCAAACUGAGGAUUCUGUCGUCGUUGAUUUCAACUACUAUCGAGCUGAUGAGGCUUCUACAUCAAGGCUGAACCAAGAUGUCUGGGAAGAGGUAGAGCAGAUGGCAUUCUUCAAGUAUGGAGCUAGACCACAUUGGGCCAAGAACAGAAACCUUGCAUUUGUAGGUGUACAACCGAAGUAUCCCAACUUCAACAAGUUCCUAGCAGCCAAAAAACAAUUGGACCCUCAAAACAUAUUUGCUAGUUACUGGUCAGAUGAGAUACUCAUUGGCAAAGAGGCAGCAAAAGGUGAGGGAUGCGCCUUGGAAGGACAAUGCGUAUGCUCAGAAGAUAGACACUGUAACCCAAGCAAGGGGUAUUUCUGCAAACCAGGCCUUAUUUAUACAGUAGCUCGGGUAUGCAGGUACUCUCCAUCCUCCAUGGCCUAAAAAAUUCCUGCAGAAUUUGAUGUCUUUGCUAUAGAAAAUUUUCAAGGAACCAUUAAUUAUAUUUAAGUGUCUGGUGAGAAAAAUCAAUGAAAAUAACCGAAUUUGGAUUAGCCCAUAUGCUAGAAAUUGGUCUGGUAUUUAGCAACCCAGCCUUUCUAUUCAGAAAUAGACAUGUUGAAUCACUGAGUGCUUGAACUUCAAACAGAUGUGGGCCUAUCUA